CAGGUACCAGGUGAGUCAGAGGUCCAGGUCCAGUUGGACGUGAACGUUUCUGCUUUAAACCACUUGGAAGAGGAAAUGAUGAGAGACUUGAUGGACGAGUUUCUUGUAGAAUACGUUGGAUCAAUCAGUUCUCUCACAGGGCAGUCCGCCUACCCAUAAUGCACUGCAGCUGCUUAAACUCGCUCCAACUGUUGGCCAAAAGAGACAUGACACAACAUGAGCACAACAACACAACCAUUGUUUUCAGCUUGUUCACCAGUAAAAGGUGAAGGUGUGACUGAGUUUAAUUAAAAUGAUCAGGAUUUCUGUGUAGAAGAGUAAAAUCUGAUUUUACUGCUGAAUGUUCAGUUAUAGUUGAUGAAAUGUUCCCUCUGAAAGCUGCUGUGUUUCAAAAAUAUUUAUGAAAUUCAUCUAUCAGAGGUAUAUGUAGCUGCUGAUCCUUCCAUUGAUUUUUUAAAAAAAGUUUUAGAUUCAUCUUUUAAGAGAACAAUUAGAAUGAUUGAUGAGAAAUCUUCAGAGCCUGAUCCUGAACCUGAUCCAGAACCAGAACCUGACACUGAGGCGUUGCUCUCAUGCUUUGUGUUUUCCUGUCAGUUUGUACUGCAGCUGUUUCAUGUGUUACUUCCUCAUCACAAAACUUCAACACAGACUGUCGCAGUGAGAAAUCAGCUGCCAUAAGAUUCAUUUCUACUGACAACGGAUGUGAUGUAACUCCUGCAAAGGAUUGUGGGUCCAAAAAAAGUUUUUUGCUGAACUGCUAAAUGUUUAACUUUUGAAGAAUAAAUGAGAAAGUCAUUGACUACAAAGUGCAGAAGGAAACCAGAUGAUAAUAAACAGAAGGAGCGUCUGAAGGAGAGAGAGAAGGAGGCAAGAGAGAGGGAGGCCCGGUCUAGCAACGGUCACCUUUUCACCUCCCUGACAGUGUCGUCCACCACACUGUGCUCCUCCUGCAACCGCAGCAUCACGGCUAAGGAGGCGCUAAGCUGCCCAGCCUGUAAUGUCACCAUCCACAACCGCUGCAGAGACAGUCUGGCCAGCUGUGCCAAGAUGAAACAGAGGCAACAGAAGCUGGCGUUGGUAAGAAACAGUUCAGCUCUGCAGAACGUUGCCCUGCGGACCAAAACUCCGAUGAUGAAGGAACGUCCGAGCUCGGCCAUCUAUCCCUCAGACAGCCUUCGUCAGUCACUGCUCGGGUCCAGACGGGUUCGAUCCGGCCUCUCACUCGCCAAGAGCGUCUCCACCAAUAACAUUGCCGGUGGGACGGAGGACUCUGUAGGUCUCAGGAGGAUUCUAUCUCAGUCCACGGAGUCUCUAAACUUCAGGAGCAGAACUUUGUCCAUGGAGUCUCUCACUGAUGACGGUGAGUGGUGGUGGAGCCCCCUGCUGGAGGAGCUGCAGGUGGAGGGAAGCUGUGUUCAGGCCGACAGCUGGAGUCUCGCUGUGGAGCCCAACUUUCUGCAGACGCUGCACAAAGACCUGAUCAAGCAGCAGGAUGUCAUCUACGAGCUGAUUCAAACGGAGUUCCACCAUGUCCGGACUCUGCGGAUCAUGGAGGGCGUGUACCGGCGAGGGAUGCUGGAGGAGGUGAUGCUGGAGGCGGGUGUGGUGCACACCAUCUUCCCUUGUCUGGAUCAGCUGCUGGAGUUCCACUCCAGCUUUCUGUCAGAGCUGCUGAGCAGGAGGAAGGAGGGACUAGCGGAGGGUAGCGCCACCAACUUCACAGUCCGCCGUCUGGGAGACCUGCUGCUUCGACAGUUUUCAGGCCAGUGUGCAGACGACAUGAAGAAACUUUACUCAGAGUUCUGCAGUCGACACCCCAAAGCUGUGAAACUCUACAAGGAAGUUUUAGCUCGAGACCGAAGGCUCCAGCAGUUUGUCAGGCGUGUCUGUCGUGGUCCUCUUCUGCGUCGUCAUGGCAUACAAGAGUGCAUCUUGUUGGUGACACAGCGAAUCACAAAGUAUCCCGUCCUCAUUAAACGAAUCCUCGACAACACCAAAGGAAACGAGGAGGAGGCACAGGCUCUGAGUCAGGCCUUAAGCCUCUUGAAGGAGCUGAUCAGCUCGGUGGACCAGGAAGUUCUGGAGCUAGACCGGACCAGGCGGCUGCAGGAGAUCCAGGCCCGGCUGGAUCCACGGGCCCAGGCGGAGGUCCGUGGAGGAGGAGUGUUUAGAGGAGGAGAGUUGCUGAGGAGGAGACUUUUGUUUGAGGGGGCACUGCAGUGGAAGGUCCAGGGCUCCAGAAUGAAGGAUGUGCAGGUGUUGCUGAUGUCAGACAUCCUGGUUUUCCUUCAGGAGAAAGACCAGAAGUUCACCUUCGCAUCACUGGACAAGUCUCCAGUGGUGUCGCUGAAUAAACUGAUCGUCAGAGACAUAGCCAAUCAGGAGCGAGGGAUGUACCUGAUCAGUAACUCCUCCCCUCCAGAGAUGUACGAGCUGCACACUUCGUCCAAAGAUGACCGACGCACGUGGAUGAGCCGCAUCCAGCAGGCUGCACUCAGUUGUCCAUCCAGAGAUGAGUUUCCUCUCAUCGAGACUGAAGACAAGGCUUUGCUGCGCAGACUCAAAGCGGACAUCCAGCAGAAGGACCGAGAGGUGCUGGAGCUCCUGCAGGAGCGCGUCACACUGUUUUCUGACCUGGUAGAGGCGACAGGCAGAGGAGGAACAGAAGAAGAAGAUGGAGGUGUGGAGGUCAAAACCUCCUCCUCCAGGAACCUGUUCAGAUCGGACACUUCUCACACACCUCAGGCCGAGCCGCUGCUCCUCAAUGCCAUCGGUGAAGUUGACAAGCUGACAGAGCUGCUGUCAGGCUGCAGCAUCAACAAGUCCUCCGUAACCAACGUAACCAAUGGCAACCAGGACCUGAGCAAUGGAGACUCUGGUUCUCUGAAUGGUUCCUUUGAGGUGAACAGCAGCUCUUCCAAGGACAGAAAUGGUAACCAGCUGCAGGAACGAACCCUGAACGAGGAAGUCCGCCAGCGACUGGUCAACCUGAGCACGCAGCUCCAUGCCCUGCAGGCUGCUGUGAUUCGUCAGGAUUCAAUCCUGGAGCUGUCAGUUAGCACAGGCUCCGUCCCCUCCACUGGCUCUGGUUCUGUUUCUGGCCCUCGCCUCAGCCGGUCGAUGUCACGGGACACCGGGCUGGAUGCCGGCGGAGAUGCUGUGCUGCUACGAAGACAGGUGGAGCUGCUGCAGGAAGAGGUCACACGGUUGCGUCUGAGAGGGGAGGAGUCAGUCAGAGAUGGGGCGGGAUCAAGGAGGAGGAGCAGCAAUGGAGAGAUCAGCGACGUCAUCAAGGGAGAACAACAGGUUCACAGGAGGCGUGGCAGCAGGGAGCUGGAGCUCCGCCCCCUUGCCCCAUUGGCCACUCAGGAUCCAACUGACCAAUUAGAUGGUGUCCAUGAAGGAAAUGAGGAGGAAGAGGAGGAAGUGAUGAAGAUUUCUCCUCGCUCUGACAGUCCCAGAGACCUGCAGGACAUCCCGGAGGAGAGCGAGAGUUAACGUCACACCUGCACCUGAUGGCCUCAGGGACCUCUGCUGGUGUCACUGUGUUGUUGCUGUGAUGUCACAGACAGACAUUGUGAAAGGAGCUGGAGACGACAUUAUUUACUGUCUUGGAGUUUUUACCAAAUCAGAUCUCAGCUGGCCAACUUUUGUUCCUCAAACGUUUUUGAACGUUGCUGUUAGGUUAGAAACAGGAAGUAUAACCAUGUGACCUGUUUACAUCAUCAUGUCUGCUGGAGCUCCGCCCACAGGUGCUGGAGUGGGUGGAGUUUAAAGGGAGGGAUCUUAUUGGGUAUAACAUAUAUUAUUGGAUUUGUUGGGGAUUGGAGGGUUGUUUUGGUGGGUUGGAUUUGAUACAGAUGGUUAACAUUUCUGCCUCCAAAGUUCAGUUUAAAGUCUCUGUCUGCUUCAAACAAACCUGGUCAGGUAUUCACUCGAGAGUCUGUCCGAGCCCUUGCUGUUUAAGAGUCCUCAUUGUUUAAGAGUCCUCGCUGUCUGAGUUCUCGCCGAGUUGCCUCAGUUUUAAUGCCUUCAGGUCUUUGAGAGUCUAAUGUAGUCUCUGUUGGUUUGUUUUGUUUGUUUGUGAGGACCAGUGUGACAAGCACCAGCAGUAAACAGCAGUUCACAUGUUGGACAGAACGCAGAACUACACGAUACGUGAAUUUAUGCUGUACGGACAGUAAACACAGUAUCCGGACCUGGUGCUGUUCUGAUCCAGAUCACUGUGGUUCCUCAGCAGACAGUUUGUUUGAUGCAGACAGAUUUAUUUAGCCUGAUGAGACACAUUAACGGUCACCACACUACAUUACCCAGGAUGCCUUUGGAUCUACAGUCACAGCCUGCUGUCAGUGGAGACUCAGAGAUUAUAAUCUGCUAUUUAUACAGAAACGUACAAAGUCAGUCUAGUCUUAGAAACAUUUGGUUCUGUUUGUGGACAUUUAGCGUCAGAAUAUUUAGUCAAAAAGAAUCUGUGUUUUUCUUUUUCUUUAUACGUGAAACCAAAAAUCUGUUGAACAUGGGGACAAAGUGAAAACAAAUGUUUAAGUUUGAUUCACAGCAUAAAAACAAAAGAUCUCAGUUUGUUCAGACCGAACGUCCAGCUUUUACUCCACAGGUAAACUUAACUGACUGUGUGCACUGAGUUCACCUGGUGUCUGAACAAACCUGAAACUCAGAGCUUCAUGAGCUGGAGGACUGGUAGAACUGGGAGGACUGGGAGAACUGGGAGGUGUAGUAACUACAGAGGGAGGGUUCGGGUCGUGUUACUUUGAACUGAAUCGUAGAUCAGGUUUGUUUAUUAAAGAGCAGGUGCUCUUCCUGUCUGUUAGCAUGUUAGCAUGACUGUGUCUUUUAUACUUGUGUAGGACAUUGGUUUAAUUGACCAAUCAGCUGGUUUGUUGUAACGCCUGGGAGGUUAAGAGGUCAGCUCCUCCUGAUGAUGAUGCUUUCGCCUGAUGAAGGACCUUUUAUUGAUGUAGAAAACAUGAUGACAUGUUGAGAUCCAUGAAUUUGAACUUUUAACUUCUGCAAAACGUCCAAAUGUUUCAAUUUACACUCAGAUUGGUGCAGACUGUUGCCAUGGACACCAUCACCAUGGACACUGUAACCAUGGACACCACUGAGUCUGCUCUCUGUGUGACGGUGAUGACGAUAAUGGAAACAUGACCUGCAGUGAGGAGUUUACAUGACAUGAAACAUGUGACCCAACAGUUUGUAUUCAGCUCUGAUUGACGUGUUUCAACAUAAACACUAUUAAUGUUUGUCAAUGACAUAUUUUUCACGUUAACAAAAUGUGUCUUACAUUCAUGGAUGAAAUGAUCUCCUGUUUUAAGAUUUAACUUUUAUCUUCCUAACGUGAAUCAUCCUGUUGUCUUAAACAUGACCAAGAAAAAAAAUGAAGUAUAUCAGCAUGAACUCUGAAGAUUUUCCUCAUUUUAAAACGCUGCCUUUUGUCUUGUUUGUCUAAAGUCUGUUAAAACAUCAGGGUCCAAAUAAUUUCUGAGUGUUUAUACUUUAACUCUGGGGGUUUAAAUACACCAGUGGACAGAUGUGACGCUGUGACGUCCAGAUGUGUUGCUGUAAUGUUUCAUUUAAGCUCAGUUUAACAGCUGUAAAGUUGACUGAAGUGCUUGUAUUGAUUUCUGAUCAGUGUAAUUGAUUCCUGCUGUAUUUCUCUGACUUUAUAAAUCUAAUCAGCUGUU